UUCCGCCGGCUGAUUGUUCCCAGCUGUACAGCGGUGCUGCAGCAUCUGGUGGGGCCCCCUUCGGGUCCGAGCCAGCGAGGGGGCUCCCAGUCCUCGCCCCCCAGAACCACGGAGUUGCCGAGGGGUUGGGGGAGGCUGAAGUUGUGGAAAGGGCCAGAGGUGGGGGUGGAUCAGCCAUCCGGACAGCUCCUGGCCUCGCUAACAACUCCCAAACUCAAGUUUUGAAGAGCUUGCCUGGGUCCCCUGGGAACAAUCACUAUUCUCUCCUUCUUGCUGGGGCUAGCCAAUGAGUCCCGUUCCCUGCCGUAAGCCUGGGCCUGGGUGUGAGUGUGGAAGGCUCUGAUACACAUUGGCAGCCACUCCAUGCCUCCUAAUGCACAGGGACUCGGGGCAGUCAUCACUCUAUCGAGCUGGUGGCCCCCUGCCACAAGGCUGCCCAGAACUUAAGAGUGGGAUUGUGAGGAGCCUAGAGUAGUGGUCCCUAUGGAUGUAAACUAGCAAGGGCCUCUGGCCCCCACCAGGGGAUGCUUGAGUGAGAUGUCAAGAUGGGCAAGGUAUCAAGAAACCUCACAGUUGGGGAAACUGAGGUUAGAUACCCUGCUUCUGCCUUUCCCUUGCUCUCUCCCCAGAGGGUCAGAGUUGGGGUUCAAGCUAUGUAGAGGAAAUUCCCAUGGUGGGGUAGGGAGCUUUUGGAUAGACGAGCCUGUGGGCAGCAUCUAGAAGUCACCGUCCACUGACUAAGACAGGGAACAGCCAGCUGACUCUGUGGCCAGCAAUGAAUCCUGGACUCACCCUGGAGUUCCUGGGUAUUAGGAACUUUGUGCAAGCCCUGGACCAGUACCCUCGCCAAGACUACACUCUUGUCAUCCAGGGUCACUUCGAGGGUUCUGAAUCUCGGGGCCAAGCGACUUCGCCUCACCGUGCAGUUAGCAUGCCGGGAGCCAGAGGCACCCUCACCUCUUAGCUUUCCUCCCCCUCCCCGUGUCCCCUCCCCGUGUUUCCUGUGCCGCAGACAAACAGGCCUCAGUCUCGUGUGUGCGUCUGUAAUGAAGACAGCCAGGUCUUGGGAGGCCUGGAGCUGGCAGACGUCUUCUUGGAGCUGGGAGUCCUGCCCAGCCCUGGCCACUCUGGGGGCUCCUGGGGCCUGUAUGCAUGUGGUUUUCCUGCUGAGCAACAUGCUCAGGGCCCAGGGGCUAAUUGGGAGCAGGUGGCAAGCCUGGCAAAUGCUGCUGAGCUAGUGGCUGACUGUGGUGUUGGCUGGGUAGGGCUGGUACCCUAAGGAUGUCCCUGAAGUCACUGGAAUUCACAUCAGAAACUGAGGGAGAUGAUGGGCCAGAGGUGGGUAUAGUCAGGAUUGGGUGAAUGGCUGUGAGAUGUCUCCUUAGUGAGCAGGACAAGGCAGUGUCUGUCAGCUUGUUAAGGACUUCUUCCUCUGCAUAGUAAGUUGAAGCUAACCUGGGCUACACGAGACCCGUCUUUAAAAGACCCAAGUCAGUCGUGGAACCUUGCCUAACCAGGGACUGCAGAUGUCCCUUCCCACCUCCAGAUGCCUGGCUCUGUCUGUCCCCUGCAGACUGAGCUCAGGGACAGAAAUGUGUUCUGCCAUCCUGGGCUAGCUGGCUGGCACGCAGCUAGCUCUCCUUCCCUCCCCUCUAGCUGUCCUCAGCGCCACCACAGCCUCCUCACUCCAUGGCCAUGAGAGCCGCCUGCCUCUUCCUGCUGUUUCUGCCUGCAGGCCUGCUGGCUCAGGGCCAAUAUGACCUGGAUCCUCUUCCCCCAUUCCCGGACCAUGUCCAAUACAACCACUAUGGCGACCAGAUUGACAAUGUAGACAACUACUAUGACUACCAAGAAGGGAGCCCUCGACCUCCUGAGGAACAGUUCCAGUCUCAGCAACAAGUCCCACAGGAAGUGAUCCCAGCUCCUACCCCAGAACCACCAGCUGCAGGGGACCUGGAGACUGAGCCUACGGAGCCCGGGCCUCUUGACUGCCGCGAGGAACAGUACCCAUGCACCCGCCUCUACUCUAUCCACAAGCCUUGUAAACAGUGUCUCAACGAGGUCUGCUUCUACAGCCUUCGCCGGGUGUAUGUAGUCAACAAGGAAAUAUGUGUCCGCACAGUCUGUGCCCAUGAGGAACUCCUCCGAGGUAGGAAAACUUCCAUCCUUUGUCCUGGCAGCAUCCACCCCCGACCUGGCCAUGUCCCACCUGCAAGGGUUAGCGUGGGAUAUGUGUCCAGGCCCACUUGUAGGAUGCCGCAAGCCCCUCCCUCCAUCCACACUAGUAUGGGCUGGUGGGGUCCCACCUGACUCCUCUCCAUCCAUCCUCACUAGUAUGGGCUGGCGGGUUCCCACCUGACUCCCCUCCCUCCACCCUCACUAGUAUGGGCUGGCGGGUUCCCACCUGACUUCCCUCCCUCCAACAGCUGACCUAUGCCUGGACAAGUUCUCCAAGUGUGGCGUGAUGGCUGUCAGUGGCCUGUGCCAAUC